AUGCCCGCGCCGCCUCUGCCGAUCCUCUUCGCCGAAGACACGCCGUUUUCGGAGUACUCGGCCGCCGUCUGGGGACGCGUGUUCAACGCCAUGCGGGACUUCCACCGGCGGCCCGUUGCCGUCGUCCAGGCCACGCACCGGGCGCACGUCGUCGAGGCCGUUAAACUGGCCAAGGAGAAGGGCUGGCGGGUGAGUGUGCGCAGCGGAGGCCACAGCUGGGCCGCGUGGAGCGUGAGAGACGAGGCGCUGCUGAUUGACCUCGGAGGGUUCGGCAAGGACGAGGGCGGCGAGGACGGGCUCGUGUAUGAUAAGAGCACCGGCGUCGUGAGCUGUGCGCCGGCGCGGACCGGGAGAGAGGUGAACGGGUUCCUGGCCGGACAGCUUGGCGGGCCCGGGGACGACAGCGAGGAGGGCGUCGGCAGAUUCUUUCCCGGAGGACACUGCCCCGACGUUGGGCUCGGCGGUUUCUUGUUGCAGGGCGGUAUGGGGUGGAACUGCAAGAACUGGGGUUGGGCUUGCGAGAACAUUGUCGCCAUUGACGUCGUCACGGCCGACGGCAACGAGCUCCGGUGCUCGGAGACGGAGAACCCAGACCUCUUUUGGGCGGCGCGCGGUUCGGGCCCCGGCUUCCCGGCCGUCGUCGUCCGCUUCCACCUCCGGACGCGGCCUCUGUCGGGCAUGUACCAGUCGCUGUACUUUUACUCGCUCGACCGCUUUGAGGAGAUCCUCAACUGGGUCAUCAAGAUCUGCCCUACCGCGCCGCCGUCGACGGAGAUCGUCCUGCUGACGCUUACGCCGCCUGGGGCAGAUGCCCCGCAGGUGAUGGCCAACUUCCUGUCCUUCAAGCCGGACCCCGAGGACCUCAUCCCGCUGCACUCGUCCCACCCCUCGCGGCCGCUGCAGACCGUCUUUGCGAACCCGACGUCCCUCCCGCAGCAGUACGUCGACCAGGACGCCAGCAACCCGCCCGCGCACCGGUACAUCUCAGAGAACUCGUACGUGUCCAACGACGCGGACGUGCCCAAGGUGCUCAAGAAAGCGUUCACGACGCUGCCGACGCCGCAGUCGUUUGCGCUGUACUUCGCCAUGAACCCCUGCUCCCGCCGCGUGCAGCUGGGUUCGGCGGCGGCCAACGGGGACGUCGACGAGAAGGCCAAGACGAUGCCCGACAUGGCGCUGAGCAUGCAGAGCGACCACUACUUUGCGCUGUACACCAUCUACCCGGACGCCGAGGACGACGAGAGGUGCCACGGCUGGGUCCAGGACGUGAUGAAGGACGUCGAGAAGAAGUCCGUGGGCAGCUACCUUGGCGAUGCCGACUUCCGCCACCGCCGGACCAAGUUCUGGGGCGACGAGCAGGGCAAGAAGCUGAUGCAGAUCCGCAAGGAGUGGGAUCCCGAGGGCAGGAUCUGCGGGUACCUCGAUGCCGACGACAAGAGCGGUGCUGAGGGGUUGAAGAAUGAGUUUGAGUGGGCUUGA